GCAAGUAAAGCAAGAUGGCGGACAGAUGAGAUUGAUAUGAUUAUUCGAGGUUGAAGUAUAUUUUCUGCGAUUUUCGUUUAGGCUUAAACAAUGUCUGCUAAUCCCAUACCUCUUCGCCUUCCGCCCAUGCCGAAGAUCGCAGAUAUCCUACGGAUUUAUGGACUAUCGGCCAAGAAACAACUCAGUCAGAAUUUUAUUCUCGACCUGAACAUUACUGGUAAGAAGGUCUUGAAAGGGUUGGUCAGGUUACUUGGAUACAGAUUUGUUUCUAUAAAACACGUUUUUUUGUACAACACGUUUUGAUGCAAAAGUUUAUGGGCGCUUCGUUACAAAUAUAAAGUAGAUUCGAUACGACUUUUUGUUUCGACGGUAUUGAACUUCAGAGUUCUGGUCGCAAAAAUUGGAUUGAUGCUGGUUUAAAAUUUGGAGACAAAGAUACCUACAGAUACAAUAUUUUCUAUCGAUAGGGCAAUGAGGUAGCGGUUAAGUUAUUUAUUGGUUUGGAAAUUUACUUGUACUUUGAAAAAAAAAAGCUCAGGAAAUGUAUCAACAUCCUAGGUACUUUUGUUAAUACCAUAAUUAUUUCAAGUUAGCCGUUGUGCAGGCUGAAACACGCCUAACUUCAUCAAAGUUCCUUCUCCUUCUUUAUUUGCCUGUUCCUUCACAAAUUUAGGAAAUUAGGUUUGGCAUAUACUCUUUAUUUAUUUAUUUUUUCAUUUAUUUCUAGAAUUUAUUACAUCACACACAAACAAGAAAGACAAUAGGGCAUAGUGCAUACAUGUACAAUGUACUGCAUUGUAUAGUGAUACUGGUUUAUGGUUGUUAUGAUACAAAGUCUCAUACAGACAUCACUUAUCGAUAUUAAUGUGCCAACCAGAAACACAUUGGGUCUUGAAACUUUUGUUUCACUUGUUUCAAAUUAAAAUUAAUAACGAAAACAAUCUUUGUAAACAUUGAUGUCUCCUAUGCUGCUACAUUUUAGACAGUAGUUCAGCUACCAGUAUUUCUUCUUUGCAAAACAUGUGAAGUCUUCUACCAAUUUUUCAGCUCUACCAAAACAGCUACUGUAAGCUAAUACGGCCUUGUCCCUAGUGUUAUGUGCAGAAUUCUACUGGAUAUCACAAAUGUCUUUGAAAUUUGGUUAACACUACCUCUUUAUGAAUUUAGCCAGGGGCAUUUCAGCAAACCAGAAGCAGAGAAACAGUUUGAAUUUAUAAUAAGGGUAUGAUAUUAUCAUGCCAAGUGUACAUGUACAUGUACAUGAAGUGAUGAACUUGUCAUGUAGAAAUGAUUUUUUUUGUUGAAAGAGAACAUUUCCUUUGCUUAUAGAUAAGAUUGCACGAGUUGCAGAUGUAUUUGACUGUCAUGUCUGUGAAGUAGGAGCUGGCCCAGGUUCACUCACAAGGUCUCUGUUGCAUGCUGGAGCCAAGCAUGUCUCUACUGUUGAAAUUGAUGGCAGAUUUAUGCCCUCAUUAGAGGUACAUGUAUAAUAAUCAUACAAAGUAUUAGACAGGUAGAAGAAUCUCUUACAUCUUCAAAAGUAUGAUGCUUACACUUUUUGUUUGUUUGUUUGCUUUGUUUUUUUGUUUCUAUUAUUUUCCAUCAUCAUCGCAUGAUUUAAAAUCUCAUCAAGUAUCUGAUAGUCAGCGAUUCCAGCCUCUUCAGUUCUAAAAUAGUUUAAAAUCUGAAGAUUGCCUCUGACUGCCCUGUAGUAUUAACCCCCUCCCCCCCAAUUUUACACAAAUUGGCCCAGUCUUAUUUAAGAUGGGUGUGGCUUAGAAAAUUUUAUCAAGUCUUACUUACGAAGUUUAGGUUAACUAAAAUUCAUUUCCAAGACUGCGAGUAUAAAUGAAGCAGAAAUACUUUCUAAAAUACUGCAGAAAUUCUGCUACGAGUGGCAAGUAGUUUUGAACUUUGGGAAAAAUGGGCUACGUUACAAACUAGAGCACAAAGAGCUCAAUUUUAUCCCCAAAAUUUGGUGACCUGUACAGGAGACUGGGAGACUGUGCAGAGUCUGGGAGACUUCUGGACUAGCCAGGAGAGUGGGCAUAUAUGUUACAGGUCAACAUUAAAUUUAGGUUAAAAAAAUUUUUAACCGAGGUUGAUUCUCAGUUUCCUUUGUCUCCCAGCCCUAAUUCAUGAAUAAUUUAAGCUACACGUAGGAGACGAAGGAACUAAAGAAACAACCUAGGGUAAAAAUAGAAAAAAAAAAAUAACCUGAAUUUAAUUUGGACCUGUAACAUAUACAGUAUAUGGAUAAGGAUAGUGUUAAUCAUUAUAUUGUACUGGAUCAACCCAAAGGUGAAACAUAAACAACUGUUAGGGACGCUGUCUAACCUCUUGUCAUCAACCACUCAAAAUGCCGAGAUUUAGUGGUUGCUUACCGUAGGAUCAAUUUUGAAGAAGAUUUAUUGCACACAAGGUUUUUUAGUUUAAUAUGAUAUGUGUAGUUCCAUGUUUUCACCGAAAAUUCCUGGGAUACUCUAAGUGGCAUAGUACAUACAUUGAACACAGAGAUCAGGCAAUAUGUCAAGUAGGUGCUUAUGAGAGGUUAGGCAAAUGGAGAAAAAAAAACCCUUCCACAAUUUUUCAACUUUUGACAUGGACUACUUAAGGAAAAUCUGUCGACACCACUGGAAAGAGCGCCUUGAAAAUAGUUAAACUGCCAAAUUUGACAGUGAUACAUCUUAAGUGAGUGAAGAUAUACAAAUGUACAUGUACAGUCUCUAGCUCUGCUAAAAUUUACUGACGUUUGUAUGGUGGGAAGCAAUUUUGUGCCCCCUCUAUACAAAAUAUUAAUGUAUGUAAUUUUGGAGACCUGGAGGAGCUAUAUCUUCAUUAGUUUUUGACAAACCAUUUUCAAACUUGGCAAUUCUACUAAUUUUUAGGCAUUCUUUCCAGUGAUGUCGAUGGAUUUUCCCUAACUUGUCCAUGUCAAAAUUGAAAAAACCUUGGAAGGGUCUUUUAUAAAUAUGUCAUUGAGUGAAGUGUAGUCACUCACCAUAUUGGGUUUACAAGAUGUUCUAUCUAGAGGGCUUUUAAUGAGAAAAGGUUGGUGUUUUGGAUAGACUGCUGCUUAAAAACACCUUGUUCAACACUGUAAUAAUUUCUCAACUUUUGUUGCUGCUAUAUUGUAUAAACAAUGUUACCACUAUUUGUGUUAAACAGAAACAAUUCAAUGGCUGCCAAACUAUUCUGGCUCAUUACAGUUGAACACAGAACUUGACCCAGUUUAGUGGCCUUAACUCCCUAUGAGUCUCCUGUAGUUUGGUGGUAGAGCAUCACACACACUGGUGACCUAAGAUCAUUAGGUCUGACUCCUACUGGAAAUACUCAAAGAUUUUUUGUUCUGAGCUACCUGUGUCUUUUACUUAGUAAACAUCUUUCUCAAACAUAGAAUUACAGUUUAUGUGCUGUUCGUGUCUACAUUGUUCGUGUCUACACUUCUGGUGUGAAAGAGUUAAAUCUAUCACUUUUUUAAAACUAGAUGCUUCAAAGUGCCAGUAAAGGAAGACUUACCAUACACCAUGCAGACAUUAUGAAAUUUCACAUACCAGAUGCUUUCCCAAGAGCAGAUGUUGUGAGAUGGGAGUCCCAUGGUACUGUUACUUUACGGUUAUUAAGUUUCUUUUUACAUGUUCCAUUCUAAAAUGUUGUAGUUAAAAGGCAAGACUAGAAUGCAAAACUAAAGUUAGGGGUCCAUUUCAUAUUUUUUGAAAGUAAAAUAAUACAAUGUAACUAUUCAAUGUACUAUUUCACAAAAGCUGAAGACAGCUUUUAGGAAAUUGCAGGUGAGGCUGACAAUGUGAGUCUGCUAACAAUGAAACAAUGAAACAGUGAAAGGUUGACCAAAACAAAAGUAUUGAUGAUUUGUCCAAUAAAACAAUCAUAUCAAUUCAUUUUAUGGAUUAAAAGAAUGCACUAUUCUUUCUUGUUGGAAAUAAACUAUUCCAUAGCAUUCUAUCACACACUCCCACACUCCGUCACCUGACUCCACCACAGUCAGAUGCAAACCUGGUUGUCAGAGCCGGAGUCAAACACAGGAUUGCCAGAUUACGAGACCACUGUCCACCCUGUUCCAAUAAAUGGCAAUGGAGUGUGAGCCUUUCUGGUCAACUUGGCAAUUAUAGAUGGAACAUCAGCUUAAGUAUUCAAUAUGUUUGUAGAUCUGUACAAGUUUAUGUUCAUGUUUAGGCUUAUCAAUUAAUAUCCUAAUUAUACCUUAACAACAGUCCUUAUCUGUAAUAGUGAACUUAAGCAAAGACGUUUUUGAGUGACGCACGCCAACCGGAAGUGGACUAUAAUCAGAAAGGGAUUAAAAAAUACAAAUUUGGUAGCGUCGAUAAAUUUUAAAAUGUAGAAAACCUCACUUCCGGUUGACGUGUGUCGCUCAAGAACGCCUUUGCUUAAGUUCGCUAAUAACUAUCUUAUCAAGGCGGGAAGGAAUGAAAAAUUAAUAGUAAUGCCCUAAAGAACCAAACCCUUUGUUUUGGCUUAUUUUACUGUCUAGAAUUAAUUCAUUUUUUUCAUUAUAGAUACUCCAGGUGUACGCAUGGUUGGUAAUCUCCCGUUCAAUGUGUCAAUUCCUCUUCUUCUUCAGUGGUUAGAGGCCAUUCCUCAGAGGGCAGGUCCAUUUGUUUUUGGAAGGACACCAAUGGCCCUGGUGUUUCAGAAGGAAGUUGCUGAUGUAUGUCAUGAAUAAUUUCAAUAUUAGUGUCAGAACCGUGUGAAUAUUUUCAGUGGCUAUUGUGUUUGGCCCUUUUUUUUGUUUAACCUGCAUGCAGACGUGUCGCUUCUAUUUCGGUUGCAUAGUGAAAAGAAGUAUGGACGCAGACAAGUGUUUUUUUUAAUUUUGUUUUUGCCUUAAUUUUAAGUGAACAAUAAUCAUGAUUUUUUUGUUCAUUGGCAUUCCUAGAAGUCAUGUGAAAUUCUCAGUCAUUACAAAGAUGAUCGAUUGUUUGUAGAAUCACAUUAAAUUAACGGCAAACGGUAAACGUUAAAUGUACAAUGACCAAGAUUUCCCUUUGCUUAUCGUUCACUGUUAAUUGUGUCUACGCAAAAGUAAGUAAUUAUUUUAUGCCAGUUGCCCCCUUAGAAAUAGUUUUGGUCGGUUCAUGCGCACUCAACCCAAAAUUAAAAAAAUUGUAAACUUUAUUGUUGCGCAGACUGAUUGUGGCGUUUUUGUCACAAAACGCGAUUUUAAAUCUUUCUCUUAACAUUAGCAAACUCGGAAAAAUUUAUGACAGUAGUCCGGUUUUCUGCACAUUUUUUUUUUUAUCUGAUAAGGUCAUAUGAAUCUAAAAUUAUAUGAAAAAGAACAUGAUCCUAACGGUUGAAUGAACUACUUAGGAGGCAGAAAAAGAACCGGAAAAAUUCGGGCUUGACCGGGAAUCGAACCCUGGCCUUUGCGAUGACCGGAUGCAACGCUCUAUCCAUUGAUAUGAGCUAAUCAAGCCAAUAUUCAGGUUCUUUUUCAACUGCUUAGGUUGUUCAUCCAACUGCGAGGAUUAUGUUCCCGUUCAUAUUUUUAUCCAGCGGUUCAAGAUAUGAUUUAUUUCGUAUAUUUCAAUGCGAAAUUUGUUUGCAGUGUUUAACCAGCUUUCUCCAACAUGCUACCUGAUGUGCUUCCGCCGUCAGACUGUUUGCCGACCAUAUUCUUCGGAAAUAAAUGCAAAGAACAAAUUGUUUAAAACAAACAAACAACAACGAACAAAAACAGUUCUUUCAACUUAUUCUGUUGCGAAAAAAAUAUCCCCCCAAAAAUGAGUCUUAUUGGGGUUCGAACACAGACCACUGCGUUACCGGUGCAGGGCUCUAACCAUUCAGCUAGCAAGCCAACUGCGAGCUGGUCCUUUUUUAUUUUUAUUUUUAUUUUUGUUUUGGAGGCUUUCUUUUUGCUACUGUUAAGUUGCGUUUUUAACUGCGAUCAUUUUCUUUGCAUUUACUUUUGGUUUAAAUAUAUGAAAUUCAUCAAUUCAUCACUUCAAAUUUCAUCGCGGAAGUUGUUCGUCGCCUUUACCAAAUACAAUAAGGCUAUGUUUGUUAAAUUGAGCACGUCAUUUUCUAUUCCGCUCCGUGCAAACUUACUACGUUUUCCUUUUCUUCUUGUCUAGAACAUCCAAUCUCCUCCAGGGAACAGUGAAUGCACCAGACUGGCGAUUAUGACGCAGUAUCUUUGUGAAGUGAAGAAGAAAUACUCAUUACCAAGACAAGUAUUUGUGCCAGAACCCAAGGUACUGUAUGGCAAUGUGGCGAGGUCUACAUAUAAAGUAAAAUCCAGCUUGCAAUGUACACGAAUCUAUUGGUUUAAGAAUUUGUGGGUUGUUGUGUUGGCGCUUAAAGGGAACUCUUUAAUCAAAUUAAAUCUCAAAUCCCAGCGUCGACGCCAUAUACUCUUUUUUUUUUCGAUAAGAAUGUCGAGGCUGAAAUUUGCGAAAUUUUAAGAUUUUUUUAAGAAUACAUCCGAGGCUGAGAGUUGAAACAGGACUCAAGUUUGUGUCUGUAAAUACAGUACAAUUGUACAUUUUAAAUUUAACCGUAUAAAGUUAUUCCUUUCACUUAACUGCAAGAACACCGGUAAUUGAAACCCCAAUACAUUCUAAAGCGUAAAUGCCAUAAGCUAUAAUUUAUAAUUGAGCUCAUUCGCUCUUGUUGAGAAUAAUUCAAGAAUAUUUUCAGCCUAGAAGAAGAAUAAAAUAAUAAUUUUUAGCCUGGGCCGGAAAAACAACAUUCUUAUAUAUAAAGAAGAGUGUAUGUGGCUUGAGUUUGUUGCUGGUUCUCUCCUUUGCUGCCCCCCCCCCCUCUCCUCAACAACCAACAUUCCACUUAAACGGUAUCUGUAUACUUUAUUUUUAUUUGUUUAUCUUCAGGCAGCCGAAUAGAACAAAUUUUAAGUUUUGAAAAACAUCUCUGUUUUCGUUGACUGCAGAGUAUCGGAUCUAAAAACAUCGGAAUUUUGUUGCUGUCGAUGGUCGAACACUUGAAGCCGUUCCUUUCUUUCCUUUCUUUUGUUCCUUUCUUUCACCUUUUUUUGACUUUAUUUCAUCACCUGAGUAGCCUUGUGAUUUUGUAAGCGGUAAUAUGUUCUGUGCAACGUGCGAGAUUUUAAAAUUUCCGAACACUAGAUAAAAUAAUAAGGUACUUGGUACACUAAAACGAUUAUUCAACUGUGUGUCAUUGAAAGUGGCGUAUAAUUACUCCCACUUUAUUGUCUUGUUAACUUUCCAACUGCUCCUGCUGAUAUUAUGUUGUCGGAUUUGGUGUUUUUAAUGCGCAUAUUUCAUUUAUCCAGGUUGAUGCCUCGUUGCUGUGUUUUGUUCCAAGAGUAACCCCACUCAUCAAUGCUCCGUUUCUUGUUGUGGAGCAAGUGGUGAAAGCGAUUUACUCGGAGCGGAGGAAAACCAUUCGAAAUUCUUUACGGUAAGGCAGCUCAAUGUUGGGGGAAAAGCUCGUGGAUGUCGAGAGAGAUGUGUUUGUACCAAAGAAUUAAUUUAUUGGAAGCGUUCACAUACCAGUUUUGCUAGACGUAUUUUAACCUCGGUUAGUAACUCAACUAGAGGAACCUGGUUGGUAACCGGUCGUAUCGAUACGAACUCAAGCAGUGGAGUUGCACAAAAAGUUUGCGCUUGAGUAAGCUUUGAGUGAAUAUUCUUCGUUCUUUAGACUAAGCGCGUGAAGCUAUUUACAACUCGACUGAAUAAACUUGUAUCGAAACGCAGGCUUAGUUUUGCCAAAAUGAACAAAAUAAUCAUGAGCUUUUGAUGAAUGAGGGUUUCACUUGAUAUCCACAGGUAAUAUACGCGUGGCCGUCAACCAAAAAUUGAAGAUAAAAAAAUUAAACAAAAUUUAAGUAAAUACUAAAUAUACAAAAUCCUAGAAAGUCCUACUUACAAACAAUAGUUAUAAGGAUUUAUGGUCAUGAAAGGUACGUUUUAAGUUUCAGCGAAAAUGUACUGAUCCACCUGGCCUCUAUAUCGUGACGUGAGAUAUUUGUGCUCGUUUUGGGCGUUAUUUUUUCUCUGUCGAGUGAAGCUGAAUAAUAAAGUACAGCACAGUUUAAUCCUCCAGUCAGUAAUCAUGUUAUCGUGGAGUUGCAUUGGCGACUACACGGUCAACCAAUGCAGUGGAACUACUCUUACUUUGUGUAGACCUCUUUGCUUGCUCGAUAAAGGCAUUUAAUAGCUUAGUAAUAUUUAUCUAAGGGUCCAGUUGGUAUAGACGCUUCGACUUCGCAACGGCAAACAUGACCAUCAUAUUUUAAAUAUUGGCUUGUGAUCACGUUUCUGAGACUGUUGUUUUUUGUUAUUUAGAGGAUGUUCAUAGACCGUCUCUUUACCUUUCCAUGGUUUUUUCAACUUUUGACUGCGACCAGUUAGCGAAAAUCCGUACACAUGGCUAAAAAGAACGCCUUAGAAUUAGUUAAGAAGUUAAGUUUGAAAGUGAUUUGUGAAAACUAACGAAAAUAUAGCUCCGUGAAGUAGUCGCCGAAUCUUAUAGAACUUUUAUGGUGGGGGUAAGUUCGUGCCCCGUACAAUACAAACGUCUGUAAAAUUUCGCGACUUUGUGGAGCAAUAUAUUCACUUCCUUUUAUAAUUAUAGGGCGCUCUUUCCAGCAAAAUAUGGCAGUCAGUUUAGUUCUGCAUGAAACAAUUGUGCAUCGAAAAAUUCCUCAUCUCCAAGGUGUUUAGUGUUGGCUCUGGUCUGUAGUCGAAAGAAAUUGCUAAGACUAAGAAUUGUCCUUUGUUUAUGUUCCGCAGAACCUUGUUUCCCCACAAACCGGAGCUUGCUGACGAGCUAAUGGAGAGGAGUGAACUGGACUCCACUUUGCGUCCUCAUCAAGUUGACUUUGACGAUUACGAUAAGAUCUGUCAAUCAUUCAUAGAACUAUCGCGUGAUCACAGUUUGCCCGUCACCCCUCUCAGAGUGCGAAAACCUGUUUCCAUAACAACAGUCACAAACAAAGAGGAGAGAACUGACGAAAAUGAUCUCGAGAUAAGAUCCUCGCUUUAAGGAAGCUAUGAGGCCAUUUGCUAGACCCAUGCCCACAAUAAGCAAUAAUGUGUUGCCGCUUUGUAUAAACCGGGCAGCAAUGUAUUCUGCGGGGGUAAUGAGAGCUGAUAAUGAAAGGAAACCGGCAGGAUUCCAGGAUGUCCUUCUAAGCUCGAGGUCUUCGGUCACAAGCUCAAAUUUCCUCUCUACAGCGCUUCCAUAAAAAGAUCCUGGUUGCACUGUUAUAUUAUUCCAACUUUCGUUGAACGAAUUUUUAUAAAUGUGGACUGCGAUGUUGUGAGCGCCAAGCAAUAACCGAGAUAACAUUAUGAAAAAUUACUCUAUAAAUUCCCUUUGUUAACAUGGC